AUGCGUCGAUUCGAAAGAAUCUACGACGUGGUAGAGCCUGUUGAAGAGUAUCGCCCUGGGGGUUAUCAUCCAGUGCACCUUCGUGACUUGUUCCAUCAAAGAUACGAAGUCAUUGGGAAGCUAGCUUUUGGCCAAUACUCAACAGUAUGGCUUGCAAAGGACCAACAUAGGGGCUUGCAACAGGUCGUGUUGAAAAUAUCAAAAGCAGAAGCGUCCAAAGACAACAGAGAGCUUUCUUUCCUUCUUACCUUGUCAGAAUCUGGCAUGGACCACCCUGGAAAGGGUCAUGUAAUUGAACUACUCGAUCAUUUCUAUCACACAGGUCCGAAUGGAACUCACUUGUGUCUUGUUUUCCCAGUGAUGAUAUCCGAUGGGCAAGCAAUGACAAUUAGUGGGAAUUCGCAUGAAGCAGGAUAUAUUCAAGCUAUUUCUCGCCAACUUUUGCUGGGCCUUGACUUUCUUCAUCAGUCAGGCAUCGUUCAUUGUGAUCUGCAACCAGCGAACAUUCUGUUUUCAGUUUCCGGAUCCAUGGAUAUGGAGAAAUUAUUACAAUUUCCCGAGUUCAGCCCCGUCAAGUGGUUACCAGGAGUGACUGAAGAUGACAGCGCCCCAAAAUAUUUAGUGCCUACGCAAAGGCGCCGAGGGCAGUUGGAUAAUGCACAUUUCUCAACAAUCAAGGUGAGUAUCGGGGAUCUGGGCGGAGCUCAAUAUAUUCGACACUGUGACCAGCAACCAGUAACGCCUCUAUCUUUGCGCGCACCUGAGCUGAUACGACGACAUACCGAGUGCACUACUCUAGACAAAGCUACAGACAUCUGGACCUUAGGUUGUUUGCUAUUUGAAUUGGCAACGAAUGAGCCACUGUUCCCUCUGGAUACAUUCGGCCUUACACGGGAGGAGGUAGACAGUGACCACUGUUCUCUCAUUCGCCAAAGGCUCGAGUCGAAUAGCCUGAGCGAUGAGAACCUCACGAGAUACCUGAGAGAUAGGUUACCGAAUAAGUUUGGUGCUGAGAGUGCGGAGGCUCUAACAUCAUUCCUUUCGCUUAUGUUACAAAGAAACCCUCGCGAACGACUGCCGGCAAGAGAUCUACUUCAGACACCGUUCAUGUCAUAUGGACCUCAGCAUUAG